AUGGGAAUUUGCAGUAGAAGACAUUUUUUACUGACAAUAUGUACUCUGCAACUUCUAACAACGAUAGAACGCCAGGUGUUCGACUUUCUGGGGUUUAUGUGGGCCCCGAUACUCUUCAACUUUUUUAACAUUAUUUUUGUUAUUCUUGAAGCCGGAUCACUAGAUAAGCGCGAUGACUAUUUGAACCUGGGAACGGGGAGUUUCUCCUGGUGGCAGGUCAACGGCCCGGGCUGCAAACCGAUCUACGACAUCAUCGAGCCGGAAUUGCUUCGACCAGCGCGGCCUAAAAACGUCACCGACUGCCUAUUAAAAUAUGAGACCAUCGAAGUCUUGCACGCGUCAACACAGUGUUUGCUGGCCUUUAUGGCCAUCGUCGGUGGAAUCUGUCUGAGCCGCGCGUUCCUCGAAGAGGAUGACAUUGACUUUGUGGGAGGUGGUGAUUUUGGUUUGGCAGGUCAUACUCCGUUGCACCCGAUGUACGUUAGCUACUCGGCUUUGCCACCAGCAAGCACUACUUACUCUCAGUCAAAUCCAAACUACCAAAGCUACCCACGAGGCACAACCGGCUCUAACAAUUCAUCCUCGGUAUACCGUGACACGACGCUUCCCAAGUACGGGGUGGACAAACCACCCAGUCUAGUAAGUCAUAAUACCGACUAUAAGUCAUCUCAGCAGCGCGUCGGUGUCGUUAAGCCCUCGAUGAUGACAAUGAUGAUGAUGAUGGGCCAGGGAGAUACGGCUCGCAGUACCAAGAGCAGCAGUGCCUCCACGCGGAUCGCCGACAACCUCGACUGCUACAACGACUACUCAAAUCCACUCGACCACUUGCACCGACCUAUCUCACCACCCGCCGGCGACUACGACUCUCUCGAAAGCUCGGUUAAACUCAGAUUCGAAAAAAACAACCGGCCUUACAAGCCUGCCUACAGCCCCGUCGUUUCCCCUGUUCUCAGGAGGGCUCGCGCUUCUUCACAAGCUCCUCACAAUAAUAAUAAUAAUAAUAAUAAUAAUAAUCAUCACAGUAGUAGUCAUUUUAAUAACAAUACAAAUAGGAACUCAUUUAGGCCCAGAAUUUUCACCGACUACGUGCGCGAACAACCCUUGAGAUCUUUUUACUCGGAUCCGCGCCUCGCAAUGGGCCAAAAUACUUUGCCAUCUGAUAAUAAUUCUAAUAUUAAUAAUAAUAAUGAUAAUAACAGAGCCAGAGACAGCAGACCUUUGUCUUUGUACGCUAGCAAGCUGAAAAAGCAGACUCGCCCGUUGUACAGUAUAGAGUACUCACAACCAGAACCACCGCCUCAGGAUGAAGUGUCUCCGAAGCCGAUGACGCCAAGAAGAGUCAAGCGGCGGUCAGUUAUUUCCCGGGACGGAACUCGUAGGUCCAGCAAUCGGCGCAGCUCAGUCCGACAGUCGACGACAAGAAGAAAGAACCCGGUGAACCGCAUCAUGGAGCAGCAGGAGAGUUUGUACGCCAAUACGAUGCCAAGUCCGCUGACGAACCAGAAUGUUAAUUCCCUGUCCCAGGGAACGCUCAACUACGACAGGAUCGCCACCACCUGGGACCGUGAACGACAGUGGCAGCCUGAGGCGGUCAACAUGGCUGUUUCUUCGCCAACUCUCUGGGCUCCAGAUCCCAAUUACUCUAACAUCACCAACCUGGCUUCAAGCUCCGCGGUCUCUGCCCAGACUUGCUGGGACAGCAAUGCCGCGAGCUCCACCAGACAACUCGCAGAUUCCUGGCAGCCUGAGCCCAGCUGCAGCAACAUGCAGUGGCAAGGUCAAAGCAACCCCACUUUCCAGCAGACUAGUAUUCAGAGUCUCAAUAAUGCUGAUGAUCAUGAUGAUCUUUACAGUAACAGACCUGCUAGUGCGCGCUCCAGUUACAGCAAUUAUCAUGGGAUCAGAGCUACCCCUCAAGUACCAAAUAGGACUGAUAUUGUCAGACAAAGUCAGCGGCAAUUUGUCUUAAGUGGACCUCCUGCUUAUCAAGAUACUUUGAAUCCUUUCAUCUUCAAAAAUCGAGAUACGUGGUUGCGUUAG